GGGGGGGGGGGGGGGGGGGGGGGGGGGCCACUGAUGGUUCCUGGGUGAUGAUGACGGCAAUGAUGUUAAUGGCGACCGAUAAUCGUCAGGCCACAACAAAUGAGAGAGCAGAGCAUUCUGAGGAACGAGCCGUGUGCUGGGAUUGUUCAAUAUCUCUCCAAGAAUUUAAUUUGCUAAUUGAGGGGAGAGUGUGUGUGCAGCAUCCGACUAGGAUGAAUCACUGCCCCGUUGCUAGAGUGAAGGAGGGAGCUGGGGGAUAGCCAGCGAAUAACAGACGUAUGGAAGCUGUCCGUCGGAUAAUGUCGACCAUAAUACCAGCAGAUGAUGGGCGGUUCUGGCGCAAGUUGAAGCAGCGCCUAGAUAACUGUGCAGCUAGGUACAGUUAAGUGGAUGUAGCUAGUGACUAGAUGCCUAUACCACGGGUGUGUCCGGGCAUCCACCGCGGCUCCUCUGAGAGGUCUAGUGGACUGUGAUCCAUACCCUAAUGCACCUUGCAGAUGGAGCCACCACUCCUUAGCCAGCGGUAAGAAAAGCCGGACAGAAAGACUUUAAGACUAGAUGCACCGUGUGUCAGAAGGGAAGGUGAGGUGAGAGGAGGGGGGAAGAAGAGACGAGAAAGAAUAAGAGACAUUAAUUGCAUCUGCCGGUAUGAGAGAGAGUAACUUCAGUCGCAGUGUAUUUCUAUACUACAAAGAGUAGACAGCAAAGAAGACGGAUGAUGGUAAUUCUCAAUGCGAAUCAUGUUAUCUAC